UCAUAAAUUUUGCACUGUGAUUUGUGAUACGUGUGAAAAAUUGUUUGUUUUUUGUAAAACAAAAGAAUUAUUAAAUUUAAUUGGUAUACAGUAUUGAGCGCCGAUUGACUACAGGUAAAAAAAAGUAGAAAAUGGGACGAGGAGGUAAAAAGAAGAAUAAGAAGGAUGGGCAAGGUGAUGGUGAUGAACCAAAACCUACAACGUCUCAAGAGGCAGAAGUUGAAGAAAUUACUACAGCAACAUCCACAUUACAAGUUACUGAAAGUGCGACCGCUGAAGUAAAAUCUGAACAAAAAAAACCUCAAGAUGAUGAUGAUGAUGAAGGUGGUUUGGGCUUAGGUUCUAGUAAACCUCGCAAAAAAAGGAAACCCAAAUCUCAAGCUGCCAAACCUCCUCCAAAUCCCCAACAAGUGCCUGGUUCCCAGGUUCAGUCUGGGCAACCUGGACCAGAACAUCAAGUUCCCCCAGGCCUUGGACAACCACCUGGCCAACCCCCUGCAUUUUCUCAAGGUCCUCCUGGAUUUUCCCCUUCUUCUGGGCCACCACAGUUCCCAGGUGCACCGCAACAGUACCCUAGGGGACCUCCACAACAAUAUCCAGGAGCUCCACAACAAUACCUAGGAGCUCCACAACAAUACCCAGGAGCUCCACAACCAUUGCCAGGGGCUCCACAACAAUACCCAGGGGCCCCGCACCAAUACCUAGGAGCUCCACAACAAUACCCAGGAGCUCCACAACCAUUACCAGAGGCUCCACAACAAUACCCAGGGGCUCCGCAACAAUUCCCAGGGGCUCCACAACAAUACCCAGGGGCUCCACAACAAUAUCCAGGGGCUCCGCAACAAUACCCAGGGGCUCCGCAACAAUCCCCAGGGGCUCCACUACAAUCCCCAGGGGCUCAUCCAUUCCAUGGAGCGGCACGGCAACGUCCAACGACUCCACAACCAUUCUCAGGAGCUGCACAGCAAGCCCCAGGGGCUCCACAACAAUACCCAGGGGUUCAACAAUCAUUCCCAGGAGCUCCACAGCAAUACCCAGGGGUUCCACAAGAAGCCCCUGGAGCACCGCAACAAUAUCCAGGAGCUCCACAAGGUCCAGGCGCGCAACAAUUUCCAGGAGCUCCACAACAACGGCCAGGAGCUCUACAACAACGUCCAGGAGCUCCACAACAACGUCCAGGUGCCCCACAACAACGUCCACAACAAACAGGAUGGGGGAGAGGACAAUCUCCCCAACCAUCUCCUCAAACAGCAGGUGUCCCACAACAACGUCCACAACAAACAGGAUGGGGGAGAGGACAAUCUCCCCAACCAUCUCCUCAAACAGCAGCACCUGCACAACAGCAGGUUGCCCAAAGACUACCACAACCGGCCCCGGCGGUACAACCAUCGGAUACGGCAACACUUCACGCUAAACAACCCACACAAGCGUUGUGUCGUUUCCAGAUCCCUCGUAAAAUUAUGGGAGAAGAUCUAACUUCUCAAAGGAUUAAAGUUGUCACCAAUUACCUAAGAAUGCAGUUUAAAGAUAUAAAAAUACACCGUUAUGACGUAAAUGUGAAACCUGACAAGCCAAAGAAAAUGAUGCCUAAAGUAUUUCAACAAGUAAAAAAUAAAUACUUUAAAGAUCAUACAAUUGCGUUUGAUCAAACUAAAAACAUGUUUACACUGAAACUAAUAACUAGAAGUGUAACAGAUACAUUGGAAACAGGUGUGGAGGUUUUAGACGACAACAAUGCAGCAAUGUCAUUCCAAGUUGUUAUUAAACACACUGGUGUUAUUGAUUUGUCUACCAUAUCUAAUUACAUGAGAAAAGGCGGAUCGACUUUAGAGAUGCCAAUGGAAGCGAUACAGUGUAUAGAUGUCAUAUUGCAACAAGGAACUUUAGGAAACUAUGUGAAGGCUGGUCGUCAAUACUUCAGACGUCCGAAUCAGCCGAUCGAUCUAACCUAUGGAAUGGAAAUGUGGACGGGGCUUUUCCAAUCGGCGGUAUUUAACUCCGGAGCCUACAUUAAUAUUGAUGUUGCACACAAAGGGUUCCCGAAGCAACAGACAAUACUGCAAGCGUUGAAGAAUGAUUUCAACCUGGAUCCCAGAAGAGAUUUGGAAGGUCAGAGAGGUGUUGAGGAGUUUAAACAUUUCUUGAAAGGAUUGCGGGUGACUGCUUUGAUUGGAGGUGAUUCGAAGAGUGGAAGGAAACGUGAAUUCAUUUGUAAUGAAAUCGUCGCUCCGCCUAGUAAACUAGGGUUUAGUAUCACCGAUGACAAAGGACAAACUAUGAAAUGCACAGUCGAGAAAUACUUCGAGAUUACGAAGAAGUAUAGGCUUCAAUAUCCCAACUUGAAUUGCAUUUGGGUUGGACCGAGAGAUAAGAACAUUUACUACCCUAUGGAGUUACUCGAGGUGGUGUACGGCCAACCUAUUAACAAACAACUAAGUGACAAGCAACUGCCUAUCAUGGUCAAAGAGGCUGCCACAUUCCCCAACAUACGCAUCAAGAAAAUACAUGAAGUGAUUCAAAAUAUGAAAUAUGCCUCUAACCCGCAAUUCAAGCAGUUUGGACUGAACAUUUCGGACCAGCUGACGACUAUUGAUGCGAAAAUAUUAAAAGUUCCAAAACUGAACUGCGGUGGACGAAACUAUAUUGAGCCGAGGAGGGGAGCAUGGCAAGCGCCAGGCUUGCUGCAAGCGCAGGCGCUGCAUAAGUGGGCUAUAAUGCUCGUGGAAGGAAAUCCGUCUUUUACCCCAAUUCCGCCCAUCGUUGACAUGAUGAUCAGCGUUGGCCGUAAAAUGGGAAUGCAAAUUGCCCAGCCUAUGUUCAUACGGGAGAGUCUACAGAUACGCGAUCUGAGGAACACGCUCCACCAAAUGGUUGACAAAGGUGUCAAUUUCGUCGUCGUCAUCAUCACUAAUAGAGACAGGGAUGCCUACCAUAAGGUAAAGCGAACUGCUGAACUCGACGUGGGAGUUCUAACUCAGUGUAUCAAAGACUUCACGGCUAACCGAAAGAUGAAUGAGCAGACAAUGCGUAACAUUCUCUUGAAGAUCAAUUCGAAGUUGAUGGGCGUGAACCAAGCUCUGGAGGUGUCGUCGUUGCCGAAGUGCCUGCAGGGCGGCGACGUGAUGCUCGUCGGAGCUGACGUCACUCAUCCCUCACCCGAUCAGUCGAGCGUACCCAGUAUUGCAGCUGUUACUGCAUCGAUAGACUCCAAAUAUUUCCUCUACAAUAUUGAACUCAGCGUUCAAACGCCAAAGAAAGAGAUGAUAAUGCAGUUUGAAGACAUGAUGGUUGACCACCUGCAAGUGUACAAGCAGCAUAACAACGGCAGACUGCCCAAGAAGGUGUAUGUGCUUCGAGAUGGUGUAUCCGAUGGACAAUUCGCUGAGGUGAUGAACAGCGAGUUGGUGGCUCUCCAUAACGCGUUCAAACGUUUCGCUAUCGAGAAACCGGAAAUAUUGUUCCUCCUGGUACAGAAACGACACCAUACUAGAUUGUUCACCACCAGACACGAAAAUGUUGAGCCGGGAACCGUCGUCGACACUGACAUUGUGCACCAGACCGAACUAAACUUUUAUUUGGUGUCGCACCAAGCUAUCAAGGGCACGGCGCGGCCGACGCGCUACCACUGCGUGUGUAACGACGGCAAGCUGACCGUGUCCGAGGUGGAACAGCUGGCCUUCUACCUGUGCCACCUGUACUCGCGCUGCACGAGAUCCGUGUCCUACCCCACGCCGACGUAUUACGCCCAUCUAGCGUGCUUCCGCGCGCGCUCGCUUACAUUUGGCGAUCGCUUCAACAACGCGGAUUUGGAGAGGAACCCGAAGCGUAUUCACGUCAUGGACCGAAUGCUCAAGUUCAGCCGAAUGUUCUUCGUUUAAACUGUCGUAAAGGCGUGUGGCAUAAUCGUCCAUUGACUGAGCUUUGCUUGUCUCUUUUAUUCGCUGUAUUGCUAUUUGGACUCCAGAGAUAUGCGAUGGGGCUUUUUGUGUGAAAGAGACAAGAAGCAGUCACUUGUCGAUUCUGCAUCUUCCACGACCGGACUAUAUGGGGGUUUUCUAGACGCUGUUUAGUGGAUAAGCUAAAACUUGCAAUGUAUUCUCGGUAAAAUCUAAUGCUUGGCAUAGACUGGAAAAUCCUCAUAUUAUAUGUAAUGCAUAUUAAUAUUCUAUAAUAAUUAAUCAUAAAUUGAUGUUUACAUAAUAUUAGUGUGUGAGAGAGAGAGUACAUGAGAGACUGUGAGAUAUUUUACUAUUAUGAAAAAAAAACAAAAAUAAAAAAAAUGCAUUCGACAAACCCGUUUAAAAAGAAAAGCACGAUAAGUAAAAAUACAAAUUUUUGCAGCGGUUGCCGAAAAAUAAAAAAAUAUAUUUACUACUAUACUUAUUAGGUACUUUUUUCUCAGCUAUUGUUGUGCUCUAUCCAUAGAGUGAAAUAGGGAGUACAUUAUAAUUAUUAUUAUAGUCGAUAAAAACUAUUAU